AUUGUUUUAAGCUGCUACCUCUAGGAUCUUUCGUUAAAUAAAACGAAUUGUGUUGUAUGUUGUCGUGGUGUGUGAUGCUCCAACAACUUUUCCUUCUCACCAAAGUUUGUAGCUGACUGCAAAGUAGAUUGUAUCUUAUGUGUUUAAAAGCCACAGCUCCAGUGCUUCAUUUAAGGACUUAAGCCAGUAACUUUCCACCAAACUAACAAGAUCCUUACUGUAAAUGCAUAUGUGAUCAUUCAUUUCAUGAAUUUAUGUACAUACACAUAAUGAACGGUUUUUGAAUCCUGAAUCGCUUUGGUUCCAGGUGCUAUGAACAAACAGGUUAACUAAAAACCUUUUUGACAUUUAAUUUUAGGUGAUACCAAAACAAAAUAAUAUGACUCAAGAAAAUGAAAAAAUGAAUCCUUGUGAUAUAGAUGAAGUAGAAGUCAGUUCGGAUACAUCUGAAAAGGAAGCCAACGAAUCCAAAACACACGGAUCAUUAGAGAAUUUUGUUCCACAAAUAUACCGUGCUAAAUUCUUCGGAAAUACUUCCGUCUCUGAGCCCCGUGGUGACUUUAUUUGCGAAAGAUCACUUGGAUUACUUAAAACUCAGUUGCUUACAUCAAAAUUACACAAGAAAAGAAUUAGGAUACGUGUAGACACCAGUGGAAUUAGUGUUAUUAGCUCACGAAAUUCGACAGUACAUCACGUGCAUAAAUUUGAAAAUAUUACAUUCAUUUGGACUGACCCCUGUGAUUUACAAUCAUGUGGAAUUAUAGUUAAACAAACAUUAAUUGGGGAUAAUGUUCAUCAAUUUUAUGGUUACAAACUUUAUCAAAAUACUCCGAAAUUGAUUGGUGUGUUAAAGUACAUCUACUCAAAUCUUGAGUUAUUACCACCUAAUGAAGACAUUUUAAGUAAAUCAGAACAUUCUACGGAUACCAGGAUUUUCGAAACUACUGAGGAAAAUAAUCCUGAUUUGAUUCAGCUAAUAGAUAUUAGUGACAACACUGUCUCAUCUCACGAAAAAAACAAUGACAAUGAAAAUAUUCAAAAACGAUACACAAGUAAUGGACACAACGUUCCGUACAAUAAAGAUGGUGAAAAAAACUGGAUAACUUUCGAUGAUCAUUUCGAAAACCAAGGGAUUAGCUGGGAAAACUCUACACCUAAAAAUCUAAUGUCUCAAAAUCUUCAUAAUCAACCAUUCGGUAACAAUGAUCUACAUUUCUUUUCACAAAUCAAUAUGAAUAAUCAAAUGUCCAAACAUAAUUCUAGUCCAUUUAUAGAAAUGACUAAAUGUACAACACAAAACACUUCGUAUUUAAAGUCAUAUUCAACAACAGCUAAUAUUUGGUCAAAUAUACCACCUGCUAUUCAAACUACUAAAAUAUCCUCAAUGGAUGAUCAUUUUUGUAACUGGACAACAACACAGCAUAUCCAAACUGAGCCAAAUAAUGUGUAUACUAAUAAUAAAAAUGUGACCAAUAAUCCAUUUUAUAAUUUAUCGGUUGGUGAUAAUCAUUUAAAUGUAAAACAAACUUCUCCACUUGAUACAAUAUUUGAUAUAAAAUUAUUCAACUGAAAAUAAAAUCUUUAAUAAUUUCUCAUCAUUAUAUAAUUCUUUUAUUCACUUUACCCCUUAAUUUCAAAAUUUUAAAAAAUUUGUUUAUUCAUCUGACAGUAAAAGAACAACCAUAUUUUGUAACCCCUCAUUUCGAUUUUUUUUUUUGACGUAAUGCGUCUUAGUCAAUGAUUUUUCUUCAUUGUGAUCUUUCCGUUUUUUUUAUAAACAUUUUACAAUUGAACAAGGAAUUAUAUUCCCUUAUGUGUAUUCUUGAAAACCUAAAUGUAUUUAUUGAAUAUUUGACUGAUAACUUUAUCACACUGAAAAUAAACUUAUCCUUUAUAUCAAUCUGAUCAGUCGAUUCGUUUACAGAUUACCUAGAUAGAUAUUCAUUGUAGAUAUUAGGAAAUUUUCAAUAAUGAGAUUUUGUAUGUCUUUAAAUACAACACAUUUGACUUAAUAAAAAGAUUAAAAAUUUUAUUUUGAGGACUAGAACAAAACAUAUCACAAACAAAGUUGUUUUCAGUAAGAUC